UUUUUGUCUUUUGGCUUCGGGUGAUUUGUUGUUUCCUCAAUACCAAGUCAACCCUCUCCUCCUUCCCAGAAAAACCCUAGAAUCUCCAUUCAUUCUCACGUUUGAAUUUAUAUUAUAUAGUUGAAUUUGGUAGUCAAAUCACACAUUGAUUCAACCCCUCUUGAAUCUUUCUCCAAAAUUUCAUUUUUUUUAAAAGAAAAAGAAAAUGGCCUCGGAGAUCGAGAUAGUGGAGGAGGUUGAAUCAAGAAAUGAUGAUGAAUGGUCUUCUAAAGAGGUUGUUAACGGUGUCGUUGAGGAGGAGAGUUUGAGGAACGAUGUGUAUACAGCAGCCGCGUAUGGGGAUAUGGGGAAGCUUCAGAGAUUGGUGGAAAGCGAGGGUUGUUCUGUAUCUGAGCCUGAUGGUCUUGGUUACUAUGCGCUUCAGUGGGCGGCUCUUAACAAUCGCACGGCAGCUGCACAAUAUAUUAUUGAGCAUGGGGGAAAUGUAAAUGCUGCAGAUCAUACGGGGCAAACAGCAUUACACUGGAGUGCCGUCCGAGGUGCAGUGCAGGUUGCUGAGCUCUUACUACAAGAGGGUGGUCGUUUAAAUACAGCUGAUAUGUAUGGCUAUCUGCCAACACAUGUUGCCGCACAGUAUGGUCAGACAGCUUUCCUUUAUUACGUUGUUACAAAGUGGAAUGCUGAUCCUGAUGUACCUGACAGUGACGGGAGAAGCCCUAUACACUGGGCUGCAUACAAGGGUUUUGCUGACUGUAUACGGCUUUUACUCUUUCUUGAUGCAUAUCGUGGACGUCAGGAUAAAGAGGGUUGUACUCCUCUUCAUUGGGCUGCUAAUAGGGGUCACCUAGAAGCAUGUACGGUGUUGGUGCAGGCAGGGAAGAAGGAAGACCUUAUCUUGACAGAUAACACUGGCCUUACACCUGCUCAGCUUGCUUCUUACAAGAAUCACAGACAAGUUGCUUUUUUCCUCGGAAACGCUAGGCGGUUGUAUGACAACCGCUGUGAUGGAAGUACCCGGCUUGGCAAACUUUCAAAGCUUGGACUUGCUCCUGUUCUUUGUUGUACAAUAUUUCUUCUACUUACCACUUACAUUCAUGCUGUAAUCAUGGCUUCAACUUUGCCAAAAUUAACUGCUGCUGGCGCACUAUUUGCAUGGUCGGGAGUUCUCCUUGCUACAGCUGGACUAGUUACGUUUUACCGGUGCAGCAGAAAAGAUCCAGGUUACAUCCGGAGGAGUCAACAUGAUUCACAAAAUAUCAAAGAUGAUGAACCUUUGCUGAAAAUGGAAAUGAAUCAUCCUGCUUUGCUUGCUGGGAAUUGGUCUCAGCUUUGCUCCACGUGCAGGAUUGUUCGUCCUCUUCGUGCAAAGCAUUGUUCAACCUGUGAUCGCUGUGUGGAACAAUUUGAUCAUCAUUGUCCCUGGGUGUCUAAUUGCAUCGGCAAGAAAAACAAGUGGGACUUUUUCAUCUUUCUUGUUCUUGAAGUACUGGCAAUGGUCUUAACUGGUGCAGUUACUCUUACAAGAGUCUUGACUGACCCUGCAGCUCCAUCAUCGUUUGGGGCUUGGCUGAGUCAUGCUGGUACUCACCAUAUUGGUGCUUUAGCAUUUUUAUUUGCUGACUUCUUCCUCUUCAUUGGAGUGGCAGUCUUAACUGGGGUACAGGCUUCUCAGAUUUCACACAACAUUACAACAAACGAAAUGGCCAAUAUGAUGCGUUACAGUUACCUUAGAGGACCAGGUGGUCGAUUCCGGAAUCCAUAUGAUCAUGGGUGUAAGAAGAACUGUUCAGAUUUCUUGAUAAACGGUUACAACGAAGACAUCGAGUGUGUUGAAGAAUCGGUUCAGUCCGAAGGGAUUGGAAUGAUGCAGAUUCCUCACAGCUCAAGUAUGCAAAAUGGCACCGGCCAUUCUCAUCAGAUAAAUGGAAAUGGCCAUCAUGCUAUCAAUAUAAGCAACAAUAACCAGAACUCACACCAGGGUCAUGUUCAUUCUGCCCAUCGUAGUCAUAAUGUGAAGAGCAAAACUGAUUCUGUACCUGUGGGUUUGGGUGUUGGCUUAGGACGAAAUGCUGCGCGUACCGCGCUACCUUCAUAACUAGUGUUGCCAUUGGCUUUUUCUUCUUUUUGACCUUUUUAUUGUUUAUAUAUGAAUCACACACUGAUUUUAGAGCUGAAGUUAUUCAAUUGGUUUACCUUUUGUUUCCUCCCCAAA